GCGGCAGUGUAUACGGUUUUGCAAUACCACGUGGGUUCGAUAGUGCUGGGAUCGUUCCUCAUUGCCACCGUCCAGUGGAUCCGCUGGCUGUUGCGGUCCAUCCGCCACCAGGCCAAAGACGCCAAAUCCACGGCCGCUGAAUGGGCCUAUCGGACGGUGUCGUGUCUGAUGGAUGUGCUCAGUGCGGUGGUGAAUCUGCUGUCGCUCAAUGCCUUCAUUCAGAUUGCCAUGACAGGCGAUGAUUUCAUGACCUCCGCGCGCAGGGGCAGUGAACAGCUGCAACGG